GACGCCGGAAGGUUCGCGAGGGCAUUGUGGCGUCAGACUUCGAGGGAGGCACAAGCAGCGGCAUUGACCCCGUCCGUUACUCUGAGAAAUGCACCCACGUCUGCUUUUGGCAAGUGCUAGCGUAUGCGCGUGGGCGUGGGCGUACCUGGCCCUCGAGGCGACUGGCCAGGUGUACAUGGUGAGCCGGGAGAUGGACUGUGUGCCGUCGUAUGAGAACAGUCUUCUACAGCCGACGAGGUCGAAGAUCUUCUGCUCGGCAUUGUGUCUCUCGUUCCAAUGCUUGGCCUUCGCGUUCUCAGACGGCGAGUGCGACAUCCGGGGUGUCGGCUUCGAACUCCCCGCCGAGACGCGAGUGUACACGAAGUUCUCCCUCCCGCUCCUGUCUCCCCUGCAGAUGUCUCAGGCGAACAAUAUUACCGCGAGUCCGGCAUUGCACCCUUGGUAUACCAAAGAGAAUGCCAUAGAUGGUAACAGCUCCACCAUAUACCACAGUGACAAUGGAAUCACGCAUCCUUGGUGGAUGAUUGACCUUGAAGUUCCGAGCUAUGUCUUCAGCGUGGAUAUCCUACCCGGGCAGAAGGUCUAUCAACACAUAUAUAUAGAUAUUCAGGUGCGUGUUGGAUUUACUCCCCCGACUGAUGACAACUUCUCUCGCUGGCUGCUGUUGGGAUUCUACAAAGGCCGCUACUCAGUGGAUCAAGGUGUUAUCACAUUCACAAACAGCUCGGGACUGUGUGGCCAAUACGUCGUGGUGCAAAGAAUCUCCAGCGAUUUCGAUCAAUUGCAACUUACCGAAGUCCUGGUGUUUGCCAAAAAUAUUCUGUAGAUGUAGAACUUUUAUAUUCAUGCUGAAAUCUAAUAUACAGUGACACAUAAUUUCGUUUUACGCAGUGCACUAAUGUAAACCUUGGUAACGCUAGAAUGAAAAGCCCCUUAGUUACGGGAUUAACAUUUUCAGUUUUAUUGCAAUAUCUCUCGGAUGGUUCGGCAGCACAGAUUCUCUUAGAUGUAGUCUGUAAUAACUGUCUAUGAACACUUUGAGUUGCUGUCACUCACUUGUGUGACUAGAUGUGAGAAAUUAGUGUCACAAACUGAAUCGUGCGGUGAUGCAUUAUUAAAUUUCGAAAGCCUAGUCAAUAAACGUUUUAACUGUUCCCAUCCACUUGCAA